AUGGCCUUCGCUGGAUUCCCUGGCCAGCUACCUUCCUGGGAGUCUCGGCCAUGGCUGCGGUGGUGGCAGGGUGGCGGCUGGCCCUGUUCGCUAUGGGAAAGCUUGGUGUUCAUCGGCCUGAUGAACCGCUGGGACAGUUCUGUUGAGACCAUCGCCAUCAUAUUGUUCUCGGUGGUCAUCUCCGUUGUGAUUGCUCUGCCGCUGGGAAUUCUGGGGGCUCGCUCCGACAGGGCGAACACUAUGAUGCGUCCCAUACUGGACGGGAUGCAGACGAUGCCGAGUUACGUUUACUUGGUGCCCGGGAUCCUUUUCUUCGGCCUGGGCUACACCCCGGCGGUCAUUGCCACGGUGAUCUACGCCGUGCCCCCAGCUAUCCGUCUCACCAACCUCGGUAUCCGGCAGGUGUCUCCGGCUACGGUUGAGGCCGCCCGUUCCUUCGGGGCCUCGCCCACGCAGAUUCUCGCCAAGGUGCAGGUGCCGAUGGCCCUGCCCACGAUCAUGGCCGGCAUCAACCAGACAACAAUGCUGGCCCUGUCCAUGGUGGUCAUUGCCUCGUUGGUGGGCGCCAGCGGGUUGGGCGAGGACGUGUUCCGCGCGCUCCAACGCCAGGACCCGGGCAACAGCGUGAUCGCAGGUAUGUCGAUCGUGCUCAUAGCCAUCGUGUUUGACCGACUGACCCAGGCGGCGGCCCGCAGCAGACAGGAAGCCCUGGAGGAGGGGCACUAG